AUCGGGGGGUUGGAAGAGGUGGAGAAAGCUCGGUUGCUGAGCUUGGCUCUCGAGUUCGGCUUCGACCAACAGUCCGCCACCAAGUGCCUGGACCGCCUCGUUUCCCUCUACGGGGACGAAGGUCGAGAGUUUAUCACUGUGGAGCAUUGUGGUGAUGACUUUCUAGCAGAACUUGCCGAAACCAUGCAAGAUACUGAGGAUUGGGAUGAUUUGCAAGCUGCGGAAUCUGAAGCUUGUGGAGUUUUGGCCGAUAUGUUUGGCCAAGAUAUCCCUAAUGACGGUGGAUGCAAUGUUGUGCACGAUGUUACUCUUAUAGAAGAUUCUCCACAGCCUGAGAAAAAUCAAACUUUUCUUGAGGUGGAUUCGUCUACUGACAGUGAAGACGAAGAUGAUAUAUUUGGCAGUAAAAUUGGCAGAAAUCCACAGGCUAUAUUCCUGACCAAAGCAGUACCGAAAGCAAUUCAUCCACUCAACUUCUGGCCUGAUGAUCUUUGUAAUCCAUGGUAUGCUUCUCCCAUGGACAUAGACAACACUGCCAAGCCACUUAAAUCAGCGUGUCACUGUUCUUUUCUCUUAUAAUUUAGUCUCUCCUUGAUUGAUUCCAAUUUGCUUGUGAUUCCGCACUCCGCAAAGGAUGUACACAAUGUACAUGUACAAAAGCAUUUAGCACAUUGCUUAUGAGGUCUCAUCCAAUCAAAUAACCAAUUGACACUCCUAAAUUUUGCCAUUCACUUCCACGGUCUUCAAGAUCCAAAAUGACCUAUUAGAACUCUUUGGUCAAUAAAAAGGUUGAUUUUAGUUU